AUGACGGACAAAAACAACAUUUUGUAUUUGUUUGAUCGUCCCACUGAACCCAUAUUCAUCGGGAAAGGCGAUGAUAAUGUAUCUUUUGACGUACCAGCAGAAUAUUUGACUGAUCGAUACAAGCCACUUGCGUCCGACAUUCAAAAUCGUUUUUCUGGCGGCAAAACUAUCUCAGUUUCUAAAUUGUCCUCUAUUCCCGACUUGUCAUUUCCACUGCAACUUGGAAGAGAUAAGGCAUUUUCUCUUUUCAUUCCGUACCACUCAAAAAUGGCUGCGAAAUUGAUUGAAAUUUUUAUGGCUUCCAAAACGUUCGAUGAUUUACUGUCGUUAGCCGUGUACGCCCGCGAUCGAGUCAACCCGUACAUGUUUAUUUAUGCAUUAUCUGUAGUCGUGACACACAGGCCCGACACUCGUAAUUUGGAACUGCCGUCGCACGUAGAAAUGUUUCCAAGUCUGUACAUGGACGCGACGGUUUUCGGCCGAGCCCGAGAAGAAUCGGCAGUGGUUCAAACGGGUUCAAGAACCCCGAUCGAAAUACCACACGAUUAUUCCGCCAACGAUCUGGACUUUGAGCACAGAAUCAGCUAUUUCCGCGAGGACAUCGGUAUCAACCUCCACCAUUGGCAUUGGCAUUUGGUCUACCCUUUCGACGGGCCGGUGGAAAUCGUAAACAAAGACAGGCGCGGUGAACUGUUUUUUUACAUGCACGAACAGAUUUUAGCCAGGUACAAUAUGGAACGACUGAGCAACGAUAUGAACAGAGUUGUCCGCCUGACGAAUUGGCGUAGCCCGAUCGUGGAGGGUUAUUUCCCGAAAUUAGACAACAUUUUAGCCAAUCGAGUAUGGCCACCGAGACCGGUUAACGCCACACUUUCGAAUAUCAACAGAGAAGUAGAACAAAUAUCGUUCGAUAUCGAAGAUUUGGAACGCUGGAGAGACCGUAUCUUCAACGCUAUACAUUCUGGAUUUAUUAUUAAUACGGCUGGUCAACAAGUCCGUUUAACCGAAGCCGACGGAAUUAACAUUUUGGGAAAUCUCAUCGAAGCUAGCAUAUUAAGUUUAAAUCAAAAUUUGUACGGUUCUCUUCACAAUAAUGGCCACAACGCAAUUUCCUUUAUCCAUGAUCCUGAUAACAGAUUUUUGGAAAACUACGGAGUUAUGGGUGACUCGGCCACUGCCAUGCGUGAUCCAAUAUUUUACCGUUGGCAUGCAUAUAUUGACGAUAUAUUCCAAGAGUUUAAAGCAACAAUCCCUAGCUACACCGUUCAAAAUUUGAGCUUCGAUAACGUAAGAGUGCAAAGUGUAGAAAUAUCGGCCACUGGGAUACCACGUAAUGAGUUGGCGACGUUCUGGCAACAAAGUGAUGUUGACUUGUCUAGGGGCUUGGACUUUUUGCCACGUGGAUCUGUAUUUGCUCGGUUUACUCAUUUGCAACAUGCACCAUUCAAUUACAAAAUUACCGUUGAAAAUAAUGGAAACCAACGAGUUGGAACAGUUCGCAUCUUUAUUGCUCCUAGGUAUGAUGAACGAGGUUUGCCCUUCUUAUUCAGGGAACAGAGGAAACUUAUGGUAGAACUUGACAAAUUCAGCGUAACACUGACCAGAGGAAGAAAUGAAAUAACUCGACGAUCUAUUGAGUCAUCAGUUACUAUACCGCACGAGGUAACUUAUCGAAACUUAGAUAGAAACAGACCAGCUACUAAUACAGAAGCAGCUGCCGCUUUUAACUUCUGUGGUUGUGGGUGGCCACAAAACAUGUUGAUACCCAAAGGGUCGGCUGAAGGAUUCCAGUGUCAACUGUUCGUCAUGAUAUCUAACGGCGCCAACGAUCAGGUGGAGAACGCACAAGCGGACGGACAGACUUGUGACAAUGCUUCGAGCUAUUGCGGUAUUCGUAACUCGCGUUAUCCGGACGCCAGGUCUAUGGGCUAUCCUUUCGAUCGGACACCUAGAGACGGAGUGGUCACUCUCCAACAGUUUUUGACACCGAACAUGUUUGUGCAGGACGUGCGUAUACGUUUCUCGAAUCGCACAGUGGCACCAUUGCAAAACAGAGUAGGAAGCCAACAGACUUCAAAAAAUCCGCCAGCAAAAGCUCCAGGUCGGAACUGA